AAUCUUUUGUUGUAUUAGAACAAAUGUUAUAUAUUUUAUUAGAUUUUACAUAUUUCAUAAUUCUUCUUUAAGAAGAACAUCAUAUUUUUGGUCAAUGUUAUAAUUUCGUUCAAUUUCUGGAACUCAAAACUUUAAGAGAUGACCGAUACAAAGAAAGCAAUGGAUACAAAAGUAAAUUCUCCGGAGAAGGCAGAUGCUUCUUCGGACAAAAAAGGUGGAAAAAAGGGUCGAAUCAGGCCACGAAAUUACGAUUUAGGAAAUGGUGUUUACAGAUUUAGUCGUACCAGUAUGUUCCAUAAGAAAGCCAUUUACAAAUUUCUUAAUAAGAAAACUCCAAAAACUGUUAAACCUAAGAAGCCAGUAACCGUAGAAAAGAAAAUCAGUGGCGACAAAAAUGGAGAAAAACGAAUCGUACUAUUAAAAAAAAGGCGUGCUAAUUAUCCUACCGCAGAUCCUGUGACUAUACAUCAUGCUAAGAAGUGUUUUCGCGAUCACCGUCGUUAUUUGAGGCCUUCUUUGAAACCAGGGACUAUUUGUGUCUUACUUGCUGGAGCUCAUAAAGGAAAACGAGUUGUACUUUUAAAGCAACUUAAAAGCGGUUUGCUUCUAGUUACAGGUCCGUUUUUGAUCAAUGGUUGCCCUCUCCGAAGAGUUAGUCAAAACUAUGUGAUUGCUACGUCGACGAGUAUUAAUCUUUCGGGUUUAAAACUUCCGCCUCACGUAAAUGAUGAUUAUUUCAAAAGGAAACGCGAGAAACGUGCAAAGAAGGAGGAAGGUGAUAUCUUCACUAAGAAGAAGGACGAUUACAAAGCGAGUGACCAGAGAAAAACUGAUCAGAAAGUAGUGGACAAAUUUGUCAUUUCCGUUAUUAAGAAGAACAAAGAGAGGAAAACACUAUUUGCUUACUUGUCAGCAAUGUUUGGAUUAAGAAGCAGUCAAUAUCCACACAGAUUAAAGUUCUAAUUUUCUGUGAUUUGAAUCUAAAUAUAUAAUAAAUACAGAAA